GGUGUGAAAGUGCUGAGUAUCAUUGACUGUGGCCCUAAGUGAGGGUGAACGGGAGUGAGUUUCAGCGAGUGUGAACGUUGAGUGAGUACUUAUGCCUGUCAGUUUCCUUCCGUCCAUAUUUGCUUCUUUCCUUCCUUCGUAGGUUCGUUCUUUCUGUUUCUUUUUUUCUUGGUCCGUAGGGCCACGGUUGCUCAUUCUGGCCUAGCCGAGAUAACGAGCGCAUGCCGGCCGCGAUAAGACCUGUCGACGGCUGAAAGACAGACGAAGCCGCGCUCACAGCCGCCGCGACCUUCGUCGCGAUGUCGUUGCCGGCUCAGUAUCUCGCGUGAUUAGAGAGCAAACGACUAAAUAUAAAAAGCGGCAAUGAUUGCCUCCUUUCGUUGGCGCCAGCUGCACGACGACAGAGAGUCAGACAGCUGCGGCUGCUUGAAAAACAAAAACCGGUUCUCAGUCGGCAGAAGCGCUUUCGACGCGCACAUUUCCGAACCGUAGUGGUUGUUCUUAGGAACGGUUAAAGUUAUCUGAGCAAAAUUAUGUCAGCUACAAAGUUUCAAGAUGCUGUGUAUCGCGCCGUCGACGACAACGCCGCCGAUCUGCGCAGCGUCAGUCGGUUUUUGUGGGACAACCCCGAACUGGCGCUCCAAGAAGUGAAGUGUCACCAGUGGUUGACGGAUUUCCUCGAAGCUCGGGACUUCGAUGUGACGCGACACUUUCUGCUGGACACUGCGUUCAAGGCUGAAUUCGUCGCCCCUGGGGGAUCUGAUGGUCCCACGGUAGCCUUCCUCGCAGAGUACGAUGCCCUCCCGGACAUGGGGCAUGCAUGUGGGCACAACCUUAUCGCUGAGAAUGCCAUCGGUGCUGCCAUUGCGGUCCAGGAAACAAUGAAGACGUUUAAGAGCAUACGCGGCAAGAUUGUUGUCCUCGGUACACCGGCCGAAGAAAGCUGCGGCGGUAAGGAGCUUCUGGUCGAAAAGGGCGCUCUGAAAGGCAUCGACGCCGCAAUCAUGUGCCACCCUGGACGGAGAGACGUGUUGAGGUUGGCUUUCACCGCAACACAACAGAUGGUGAUCCGUUUCAAGGGCAAGGCGGCUCACGCGGCCGCAUCUCCGUGGGAAGGGUUGAAUGCCCUGGAUGCUGCCGUUUCCUCGUACCUGAACAUCGGCCUUCUUCGUCAACAGAUCAGGCCCACGUCUAAAAUUCAAGGCAUCAUCGUGCACGGUGGUACGUACCCCAACAUCAUUCCCGAAGAGAGCGAGCUCAAGUACCACGUGAGGGCGCCCAGCACGGACGAGCUGGUCGAUCUGGUGCGAAGAGUGGAGAACUGCUUCCACGGCGCCGCACAGGCCACCGGAUGCUCGGUCGAGAUCGAGAGGGGCACCCUCUACAAGCACGUCAUACAGAACGCCGCCAUUGCCAGGGCGUACAGGAAGCACGCACAAGCACUGGGCUUCGAGUUCCAGGACGCUGACAUGACCGAGCAACCUCCCACCGGUGCGUCGACCGACUGUGGCAACGUGUCUCAUCGCAUCCCCACAGCUCAUCCGGUCUACUCGCUGGGCAGUGGCGCCAGAAACCACACGCGCGAGUUCGCCGAGGACGCCAACUCCGAGGAGGCCCAGGCACCCACACUAAGGGUCGCCAAGGCCCUGGCCCUCACCGCGCUCGACCUGCUCACCGACCCGCAACUGAUGGACGAGGCGCGCAAGGAGUUUGCGGCACACGGACUAACAAGCCCUUAACCAAACAAGCCAAGCCGCGUGUAACACUACUGGACCCGGUCGCAACCGUUCUGUUCAAAAUGGGGCUCAACUUUGUUCAUUAACUCCGAGAGUUUGUCGAAUCUGUUCGUUCUGUUGUUGUUUCGUCACUUGUGCAUUAGGGUCAUGUUGAAUUUUUAUGACACCACCGUUUCUUAGAAAUGGUAGAAUGCGUGAUUUGAAUAAAUACGUUUGCCAGUAAAUAUUUUCUUUAGCUCGGCGCGAGCUUGCAUGGUGAAUGAAU